GCCUUUCUAAUACAGCAGUGUUUGUAUACACAUCGCUGCUGAUUGGGUAACACCCUUGACACGCCCAUCAAAUAAGAGAAAUCGUACCUCAAAGGCUGCUGCACAUCAUUUCACACUGUUUCGACAAAACAUGUUGUUUAACCCGGAAACCAUAGCAAAACAGUGCAUAACUUUGUGAGAUUGAACGUGCCCCUAGAAAUAUACCUGUGAGUGUGUUAGAGCAGGAAACCCACCAAACUGUGCAAGAAUCUGGCUCUGCACCACCAGAGUUCCCCACCCCUGACCUAAAGUAAAGAACAUGUAGUGGACGUUAAGAUGGUUGUAAAGGUUCCCCCUGCUUCACUGAUGGUAAAUUCCCAAGGAAAAAAAAGGUAGUGAAGGGUGGGAAACCUCCCCUUGCUUCAGUGAUGGUAUGUUCCCAAAGAAAAGAAAAACAGUGUAGGGUAUGAUACCCCCACACUUUUCAGUGAUGGUAUGUUCCUACAGAAGUGAACACGUAGUCAAAGGUAGGUCACGCCGCACUCCCCCGAUUUAGUGAUGGUAUGUUCCCAAGGGAAAAAAAAAACCGUGCAGGAUAGGAUACCCCCACCCACCCCUGUUUCAGUGAUGGUAUGUUCCUAAGGAAGAGAACAUAGUGGAGGAUAGAAUACCCCCUCGUUUCAGUGAUGGCAUGUUCCUACAGAAGUGAACAUGUAGUCAGAGGUAGGUUACCCCACCUCCCCCUAUUCAGUGAUGGUAUGUUCCCAAGGGAGAAAACACAGUGCAGGAUUGAAUACCCCCUCCCACCCCUGUUUCAAGGAUGGUAUGUUCCUACAGAAGUGAACAUGUAGUCAGAGGUUGAUUACCCCACCUCCCCCUAUUCAGUGAUGGUAUGUUCCCAAGGGAGAAAACAGUGCAGGAUAGGCUACCCUUUCCCACCCCCACCAUGGUAUGUUCCAAAGGCAAAGUUACUCCUCCAUUCAUCGAGAAGCCGUCGAGGAGAGAGAACUGCUGACUGAGUGUUCAGAGUGAAGGUGCUGGACUGGAUGUAGUUCAUAUCAUCUUUUCCAAUGAAGCUCAUGUUCAGAUGAUUCUCAGGUGGAUCUGAUCUGCUCAUCAGAAGAUUUUACUCAAAAUCGUGGAGUCCAUGCAGCUCCAGUCACUAAAGCACACUGUCACUAAAGCCGAAGGUUUAGAGAAGAUAUAAUCACUCCAGUGCUGUAAGCUCUGCAAAGCAAAGACGAGAAGAUGACCAGUGUUAAAGAGGAGUGUGAGGAUAUCAGCGUGAUGGAGGCGACUGGACUGAAGAGUGAAGACCAGCAGAUGGACAAAGAAACAUCAUUACAAGAGGACAUCAAGGAGGAAUAUAAACCGGAAGUGAAGCCAUUUCAUGAAGAACAUGCUGCUCAGAAAUCUGGCCUAAACGCUGAGCGGGAAAAGAGUGCCAGUGAUGCUGAUACCUCCAACCUGAAAGAUGACCAAGAUCCCAGAGAUGAGUACAAACGAGGAAAACCUCAUCGGUGCUCCAAGUGUGACUGUGGUUUCCGAAGUUUGGCACAGUUAAGACGUCAUGAAAAGACUCACAAAGAAAAGCCUUGCACCUCCCCUGAGUGCGGGAAAAGCUUUUCAAGUUCAGCCUGUCUUAAAAAACACAAGAUGAUUCAUACCGGAAAAAAGCCUUUCACCUGCUCCGAGUGCGGAAAAAGCUUUUCAAGUUCAACCUGUCUUAAAACCCACAAGAUGAUUCAUACCGGAGAAAAGCCUUUCACCUGCUCGGAGUGCGGAAAAAGCUUUUCAAGUUCAGCCUGUCUUAAAACCCACAAGAUGAUUCAUACCGGAGAAAAGCCUUUUAACUGCUCGGAGUGCGGAAAGUGUUUUACGAGACCGAGCCAGUAUAAAAUCCACAUGAGGAUUCAUACUGGAGAAAGGCCGUUUACCUGCUCGGAGUGCGGGAAAGGUUAUUCAAGCGCGAUGUACCUUAAAAAGCACAUGAUGGUUCACACUGGAGAAAAGCCGUAUCUCUGCUCCGAGUGUGGAAAGCGGUUUUCAAGGGUAAGCAGCCUUAAAAUCCACGUGAGCACUCAUACCGGGGAGAAGCCGUUUACCUGCACUCAGUGCGGAAAAGGUUUCUCAAUGCUGAACCUCCUGAAAACCCACAUUAUAAUUCAUACUGGAGAGAAGCCCUUCACCUGCUCUGAGUGCGGAAGAGGGUUUUCAGAUGCCAACUACCUUAAAAAGCACAUGAUUUCGCAUACCGCAGGAAGACCGUUUAUCUGCUCCGAGUGCGGAAAAGGUUUUUCGACAGAGCGAUCCCUUAGAAACCACAUGGCGAUUCAUACUGGAGAAAGGCGUGUUGCCUGCUCUAAGUGUGGAAAAGACUUCGCAGAGUCAAGCUACCUUAAAACCCACAUGAUGAUUCAUACUGGAGAAAAGCCUUUCACCUGCACUCUGUGUGGGAAGAGUUUCACCAGUGCCAACAGUCUGAAAAAUCACGUGAAGAUUCAUACUGAAGGCAGACUUUAUUACUGCUCCCAGUGCAAGACGAGGUUCACACUUCUCUCAGAGUUCAAAAUACACCAGCUGAUUCACACUGGAGAAAAGCCCUUCAUCUGUUUUCAGUGUGGACACAAUUUCUCAACGUUAUUUGACUUUAAUGCCCACAUGACGACUCACUCUGAAGAGGAAACUGGAUUAAUUCAGAAUGCUAUUGAAUAGUGACACUUACAGAUACAUUUUAGGAACGAGUCACUAAAACCUUAAUGACGGGGUUACAAAGAUGAUUCUUCAGGGGUUCUUUAGUUAAGGAAAUGGUUCUAUAUAGAACCAUGAACAUUUCAUGAACCAUUUCAUGAUUUAAUGGUUCUUUUGCAUCAUGAAUGUGUUCUUUCGAUUGACAGAGAAGGGUUACAGGGUUCUGUAUAGCACCAAACAGGGUUUGUAUAUUGUUACAAGCUUGACAUCGUAACAUAGAAGAACCUUUUUGUUCCAUUUUCAAAAAGUUCUAUACAGGACCAUUAUCUUUGCUGAAGAACCCUUGAAGAACCAUCUUUUUAAGUGUAUAUGUUGGUGUAAUUAGAGCUGGGCGGUAUGGCAAACAUAUCGCGGUACUUCAAGAAAUUUUCACACUACGCAAACACUCAUAGAACUCAUAGAACCAUUUCUUGCUUAAAUGGUUCUUUGCCUGGUGAAAGGUUUCUCCAGUGUUACAGUCCUGGGGGUGUACGGUGUUUUGUUUUGUGCUCUUUUUUUUUUUGUUUUCUUGUAAUCACUUUUCCCCUAGGUUUGGUGUCUGGAUGGGUCUGAUUAGAUACAGCAGGGGGCGCUCCAGUUACUUAAGGGCCGUUGAGGCACUGUAGAAGAAGGAGAGGGCUGUUCCAGUGGCUGCACCUGUGCCAUCAGCCUCUGCCUGACCAGACCAAGCACCCGAACCUUUUGUUUGUGAACUCAUGUUAUUGUUGUAUGAGUUUGCCUAAAUACCUGUAAAGCUCUCUUUUUCUAAGUAAGGGGGUGAGUGUCCUGUGUUUUUUGUAUAUUGUUUUCUCCUGGUUUAGGGCGGGGAGGUAGCCUUAUAAUUGUAAUUUUGU